AUGCAAUGUCAUACUACCAUUAGUUAUAUUUUUAGAAGCCCAUUCUAAUGUCAACGUUUGUUCCAACUUCCCACAAGAUCCACUUGCUUUCGUAGUCACAUUGUCAGUUGGUACAUCAAAUACCAUAAAGGAUUUCUGAAAAGUUCAUUUUUAAUUAUUUUAUAAUUUUGAUUAAACUGGAUGACAACUCAACAUAGAUAUGGGAAUUAUGGAUAUUUCAAUGUAUAUGACAAGUUGAAUUUUGAAAUUCAAAAGUAAAUCAUUGAUUAGUUGGCGAAUUAUUAUUGCAAGUCACAUUUGUUAAAAUUGAAGUAAGACUAACGACUCUCUUUUGUAUUAUUAUUUAAUUUAAAAAUUUGUACAAAUUCUAUUUGAUAAGACUUUUAAUCCCUACAUUGUUAUGUUAAAAUUAAGUACCAUUAUAUGUAAGCUAUAUUCCAGUAAUUUAUAAUAAUAUGAUAAUAUGUAAAUAGUAUAACAUAUUUUAUACUUAAAUAAUACAAACCCUGUUAUUAUCAUUGAUGUAAGAGAUAUUGAACAUUACAGACAUCUGUACUACAAUACAUAUUUUAUCUGUUCCAUUAGCAACUACCCAUUUGCCAGCACUAUGAGAAGUUGAAGUAGACUUUACUCGGGUAUACACAGCUGACUUCGUUGUUGUAUGUAAAAUUUUUUCAGUAGAUGUUUCAUUUGUAUGAAUCAAAACAUUUGCUGUACUUGAUGAUGUAAUAGUAGAAUGAUUGGGAAUAACUGUAGAACUUUGAACAGAACUUUGUUUAAGUAAAACUUCUCCUGAUUUUAAAUUAUUUUUAUCUGUUACAGGUUCUAAAGCAGCUGUCGCUGGUUCUAGAGGAACUGUUUUAUUUAAGGAAAUAUUUGCUUCAAGAUGUUCAUUUUGCAAAGCUAUUCCAUUCUGAAUAUUUUUAUCUUUGGAUAAAAUUUCUUUUUGUCCUUCACCUGUUUUAAAAUGAAUCAAAUUUAAGAUACAAGAAAAAUAAAAAUACUCUUAUUAAAAAAUCUUACAUAAUAAAUCCACUGCAUUAUUAAUUUACAUAUUAAUUUAAUGAUAUUAAUUUGUAUAAUAAUUUUUUGUAUAAUUAAUUUGUAUAAAAAUUUAAUGAUAUUAAUUUGUUUAAUUAAUAUAAUAAUUACACGUAAAAACAACAAAUAUAUAUUUUUAUAUGAGCUAAAAUAAUUCCUUAAUACCAAUAUUUAUUAUAAAUUAUAUAUACCAAUAUUAAUUAUAAAUUAUAUAUAAUACCAAUAUUAAUUAUAAAUAUAUUAUUAAUUGUAAAAAUUUCCUUAUAAAAUAAAUAUUGUUUUAAUUAUUAUAAAAAAUUUAAUUCUUAAUUAUUAAUUCUUUCAAUUUCAGAUAUUUUUUAUGAUAAAGAUUAUUUUGGUUUAUUAUUCCUGUUUCCUUGAUAUAUAGUAAAUUAUUAUACUCAAUAUUAUUAUAAUAUAUAUUUAAUAUAUUCAAAAAUAAAAAAAAUGUUCAAUAAAAUAAUAUUUAUAUUUUAUAUAUAAAUCUUUAACUUAGUGAACAUUUCUUAUUACUUAAUAUAACAUGACUGUGAAUCAUGAGUAAGAAAAAUAUAUACAAAUAUGAAUCACAAAACUCUGGUUAAAUCAGUGAAAUAAUAUAGUAUUAUACCAAUAUUUUUCUAUCUCGAUUUUUAAAUUCUUAAAUUAUUAAUAAUUAAUUUAUAAUAGUAAUAAAUCUUGUCAAUAAAUUGACUUUAUUAAUUUGAACAUUCAGUUCAAUAAUUUUAUUAUUACAUAUUAUUAUAUUAAUUUCUAACAUUUUAUCAUAAGUUACAAUACAGUAUAUUAUAUUUAAUAUAUUAAAUACAUUAAUAAAAUUGAAAUGAAACGAAUAAGACGGCUCCUGAAAAACUUUACGAGUUUUAGGGAAGAGUGAAAAUAAAAAAUGUAAUUUCACUAUAAAUAAGAAACUGUUCGUCAUUUUUUUUGUAAAAUAUCAAAACUAUACGUAUAUUUGAAAAUUCAUACCCAGAACGUGAACUGCAGUAAAGCAAAGGAGUAGUAAAAACUUUGACAUCAUUAGAAAUUCUAAUAGCUAUAAAUAAGCGAAAAUUACUAAAAAUUUGAACGUUUACAACUAUUAAAGAAAUUAAACAGCAAUAUAAUUUGAUGAAAAAUAUGUGAAAAUACACUGCGUAUAACGACAACGUAAAUGUCGAUACAAUUCUGUAGUUCCUUGAAAAUGUUGUUCACAAAUACAUAUUGGACAAACUAAAGCAUAUACAUAUAUUUUCAUUAAAGGCUGGUUCACAUUACUUUAUGCUAGAGAUGUCGUUUUAUUAAAUAUUAAGCAAACAAAAAAAUUAUACAACAAAAUUACUCAUUUAAUUGUUAAAUAAGAAAAUUAGUAUCUAUAUCGAAAUAAAAUAAAUAUAUAUAUUUUUUAAUGCUUAAUUUAAUACUAGAUUCAUUUGAAUAACAAUAAUUUCUAAAAAUAUAUCUCUUUGUAAUUUAUAUGAAUUAAUAAAACUUGGUUGAAAUUUAAUUGAAUUACUAAAAUCACUUAAAUAUACUUUUACUUAAAAUAUGAAUUUACAAUAUCAUUUAAAUAUAACAAAAUUACGUAACAGGAAGUUGUUAUAUAUAUUUCAUAAAAUAAUUUAUGCAAUAUUUUAUAAUUAAUAAUAAUUAAUAACCGGCAAUAAAUUAUCAAAACAAUUUUUAAUGCAUAAUUUUUUUGUAUAUCCUUUAAUUAGCCAGCAUUUGUUUAUAUAUUAUCAUAAAAAUAGUAAUGUAUACUAAUAAAUAAUAUGUGCUAUAUAUUAUAUAUAUAUAUAUAUUAUAACUUCAUCUGUGUGAUAUAAAUACACACACAUAUAUAUGUAUGCAAUAUUAAAUUUGCAAUCAAAUAGUUUGUAACAAAGGAAAUAGAAAAUAGUACGUAAUUGGCGUAUAAUAAAAUCAAGUAUUGUUCGAGCAAGUAUUUCGGUCUGUUGUGAGUAGAUUUAAUAAAUCUUUAUUUAAACAUUUUGUAGAUUAAAUGGAACAUAGGGAAAAAAUUUAAGAUUAGGAAGACGUAACUAUAAAAAUUCUCUUAAUUCGUUUUUCAGUGUUAAUAGUAAAUUCUUAUAUUGUAGUAAAAUGGUACUAAUCGCUAUUGCUAUUUUUGUCGCACAGUAUCUUUACGACAAUGACAUUUCAAUAGACAAAGAAUCUGCAAGAGUUGUGAGAGUUUAGUAGUGAAUUCAAGAUGAUAAUUCGAUUGAUAAAUGGAAACUAUAUUUACAAUUUUAUAUAAAUAUAAUAUUUAAGAAUAACCUUUUAAUGAAUUACGAUUUUUUUAUUCUUGGCAAAAUGUCGAGAAGCUCUAACAAGAACAAUUGAACUAGAAUAACUGAAAGUCCCGCGUAGCGAAAUAUUAAGGACUGAUAUACACAAGCGACGCUAUUGCGAUUUUCUUAUUUCCGUGAAAUAAAGCGAUCUUAUUUUUCUUGCUUUUAUAUGACAGAUCGAUUCUGCACAUGAUGAUCUUAUGACGUAACAAUAUUUUUAACAUAAAAAAAUAUUGCAGUAUCAAGAUACGUUGGUACAACCAUAUGAUUGCACAUUUCUUAUGUAGCAUAUUUCAAUCAGCCAAUCACAAGCAUGCGAUAUGAUUCGUUAGUUUCUGAAUUUGAAUAGCGUGCGCAUCGUGAAGAUUUUAAUUAUUAAUUUUUCUAAUUAUAUGUUACAGAUAAAUGUUGUUGAGAAGCUAACGUUUUCUGUUUUCCUGGAGUCUAUGAGUACGCAUUAUUCGUUGUAUUCCACAUAUCAAGUAAUUUCUUAUUUAAUAAGUAUGUAAGUCAAAUAGACAGUAGCAUCUUGGUUACAGACAAUACUGCAUGACAAGGAUAAGUAUAUGGGAAUGUACAGGAGCAUAAUAGUGUACGAUAAAGAUAUAUAUAUAUUUAUUUUAAAGACUAAAAUGUAAACAUUACAGAGGACAAUAUUGUAUAAUGAGUAUAACAAUAGCGAUUUUCACCACUAUGUGAUAUUGUUUUAGUAUCUAUAAAUAUGAGUCGAUGAAAUUUUUUACAAAUUUUUACAAAAUUAAAACAUUAAAAAAUUAAUUUUUACAAAAAUUAAUUAUAAUUUUUUAUGGUUACAACUUUUUAUAUACUCUACAAUUUGGAUUUCAAAAUGUUCAUAUAACGUAAUCGAUAUAAGUUGGACCGAGCGAGUGAUAUAAUCGAGCAAGGAGUAAUCAAAAACGAGGCGACAGGCGAAGUGUUAUUUUUCUUUUCUGCUUAUUUUUAUAUAUAACAUUUUUUCGUUUGAUGUCUCGCUUUCAAAAAAAAUUGAAUUUAAAAAUUUUAUCCGUGCACAUGGACUGUUUUCAACAUAUUGUUCGUUAUAAACAUUUUCAUUUACACUUUUAUAUUUAUUGCCCUCUGUAAUGUUUACAUUAUCUUCUAUUUUUAGUUUAUUUUAUCAGUUAUCUAUGAGUUGAAUUGCAGAAUACAUAUUUAUAGUAAGAGUUUGUAAUGGAAAUGCAUCAGCAGCAACUGAAUAUUAUAGGUAACGAUUUUUAAAUUGUCGCCAUCCGGACAAAAGGGUAGUCCAGUAAAAUUAACUUAAAACAUACACCUACGCUUAAGAUUAAUAACAUGACUUUAUUCAUAUUAAUUUUAAAAAAAACUUUAUAUGCUGAAUAAUAAAUUUUUAUUUGCAUUGAAUGUCAGGUUUAUUCUUAAUCAACAUUAUUUUUAUUUGUAUUGAAUGUCAGGUUUAUCUUUAGUCAACAGCUUAGAAGUGUGA